GACAACAGUAGUGAAAAUUGUAAUUUGUAAAUUGCGUUUUCUAGAAAUUUGUUUUACUAUUCCUACUAUUUUAAGUUUGUUUAUUAGGUAUGUGAAAGUUUUUAGUGAUUAAUAGGCAUUAUGUUAAUUUCGUAGCUUGGUGCAAAGAUUGUGUUUAACUAUUGAAGCUCGCAUUGGUUUGUUUGUAAACGCCACUGAGACGAAGAAAUCAUGGCGGAUCCACUGAGUUUACUUCGACAAUUCAAUGUUAAUAAAAAGGAAAUUAUAGAAAGGGAUAAUCAGAUAAUAUUUGGCGAGUUUUCCUGGCCAAAAAAUGUUAAGACAAAUUACUUUAUGUGGGGAUCUGGCAAAGAAGGCGGGGAAAAAGAAUACUACACUCUAGAAUGCUUGCUUUUCAUCUUAAAGAAUAUUACUUUAACCCAUCCUAUUUAUAUUAAAAAAGCAGCUGCCGCUAAUAUACCACCAGUAUGUCGUCCUGAUCGUAAAGAACUACUUGCUUACUUGAAAGGAGAGACUGCAACUUGUUCAUCUAUAGAUAAGAGUGCACCAUUAGAAAUCCCAACACAGGUAAAAAGAACGCAUGAACAUGGUGAAUCAGCAGCAAAAAAGCCUCGCAUUGAGGAAAUUCAUGUGCAAAAAGUGCGGGAACAGCUUGCAGCACGCCUUGAUGCACCUAAAGAAGCUUCUGUCACAGUUGAUAAUAUCAAAUCUCUAUCAGAAGCUAUGUCAGUUGAGAAGAUUGCAGCAAUCAAAGCUAAGAGAUUGGCUAAAAAGAGAACAACAAUCAAAAGCAACGACUAUACUGAUUCCCUUGGUGUUGUGGGUUCAGACCUAAGAGCCAUAUUGGAUUAUGAUGUAGAUCUCACUAAAGAUAUAAUAAGUCGGGAAAGACAGUGGAGAACACGGACAACAGUAUUACAGAGCAACGGAAAAAUAUUUUUAAAAAGCAUUAAUGCUCUUCUUGGAAGUAUCAAAGCACGUGAGGAGGGAAGAUCAGGUGUUCCAAGACCUCAGCCUGUAGUAAUGCCACAACCUACUACAAUACCAGCUCAGCAAACGCAAUAUAACAGAUAUGAUCAAGAAAGAUUUAUUAGACAGAAAGAAGAAACUGAGGGUUUCAAAAUUGAUACUAUGGGAACAUACCAUGGUAUGACAUUGAAGUCAGUGACAGAAGGGCCUAGUGUACCUGUGGCAGCCCGCGCCCCUCCCACACCAAAUCAUCCUAGACAAAUGCCACAAAACGUCCCCAUAACAAGCACACCUGGUCGCAAAGAAUUGCUUCCAGUGGCGGCUGCGCGUGCGCCUAUUGGUGGAGGCAAGAGACCUUCACGUACACCCAUUAUCAUCAUACCAGCCGCUGCCACCGCUCUCAUAUCUAUGUUUAAUGUUAAGGAUAUGCUGCAAGAUCUUAAAUUCGUGCCAGUAGAGCAAAAGAAAGCGGAAGGCGCUUCACGAGAAAAUGAAGUGCUUUUGCAAAGACGGAAGGGUCCCACCGGAGAUAAUAUUCCUAACAAUGCGACUACAAUUACAGUACCAUAUCGCGUAGUGGAUAACCCAAGCAGACUAUCAGCGGCCGAAUGGGAUCGUGUUGUUGGAGUAUUUGUUCAAGGCCCAGCAUGGCAAUUCAAAGGGUGGCCGUGGGACGGAAAUCCUGUUCAAAUUUUCGCCAAUAUAUGCGCCUUUCACCUGAAGUAUGAUGAAAUGAAAUUGGACAGUAAUGUUGCCCGGUGGGCCGUCACAGUGCUUAAUCUCAGCCGCACCAAGAGGCAUCUGGACCGAGCCGUACUACUCGGCUUCUGGGAAACACUUGACAAGCACAUGAUGAAGAAUAAACCGCACCUUAGGUUCUAGUUUUAUUAACGUUAAUUCUAUAGAGAAUAUAUCUUGUGAGUUUGGACACCUUAUACCAAGCGAAUCUAAGUCAAUUCAUACCAUUUAAUAAACACAGACAUUAGUCAAAUAAAUUUCUGUUGACUGAAAGUUUAUAAUAUACCCCUAGAUUCUUAAUAAUGCUAUUUGUCUCGUUCUCUCAAAUAGUGUUUACAAUAAACUGAAAAGAGACGGAAUAUCUCCAAUAUGUAACAGUUAUAUGUAUUAAGCAUGGUUAAUUAUAUCAUGUAAACUCUAGGAUUUUAUAUGUAUGCCAUGACGAUUUAUUAAUUAAUUAAUAAAGCUAAGAAAAUGCUAGGUUUAGAACAGUGUAACAAGACCAAACUAUGAUUGUGGAUAUUUGUAGUUUCUACCCAAACUGUAAGUGUAAUAAUACAAUAUAUUUUAUGUAUGACAGUGUUAUAAUAAUAAAUGAAUAAAGACUCAGCUAAAGGAAACAAUCUCCGGUUAUUUAUACCUAUCAUAUAAGUUAACAAAAUUAUCGCUAUUAUUAGUACAUUAUAAUGAUUACUGCGUAAGUGGAGUCUGGCUGUGCAUGUAAAAUAAAUCGUAUUUAUAAAUCUUGUUUGUUUUUGCGUCGUUUUCAUUUACUCAUUGCACACAUCAAUUCUUAAUUACGAAUGAUUUAAACAAGUGACAAAUAGCCUAUACUUGGUUCGCUAUAUACAUAGGCCUUUUGAAUUGGUAAUACAAUGUUAUUAAAACACAGGUUUUAAUUUAGGGAAUAUAUCAUAUUUUCUACAGGCAGGUGCGUAUAUACCAUUCGCGUCAGGUCACAAUAAAAUUAAUAUUUUACUUAAUUACUUCAAAUAGAAUCUUUAGUAUAAGGUACAAAGGCUGUACGCCUUUUUUAUGAUUUAUUAAAAAUUUGAUAACACAAGAACUUAUUCAAGCCUCAGUCCUGGCUCACCUUUGGUUCAGCUCUUACCUAUUAGAUUCAUUCAGGCAUGCUACUGUAUCAUUUUUAAAUGUAAAGGUUUUAUGAGAAUAUUACGCGCGUGGAAAUGUUUUUAACCCUUACGUUACGUCUUUAAAUAUCGUAAUUAUGAGGUUAUCAACUAAACCGCUAAAUAAAUAACAAUUAUACAUCUUAGUGCUUCAAGCCUUUGACUUCCCCCAUCAUCUAUAAUACACGUAAUAAGAAAAACAAAUAAUCGCAAAUCAGUAUUUCAUACUUAGUCAUAAAUAGCUGUGCGCUUACUCAGCGCACAGCUAUUUUAGUAUUGUCUAGUGUUAUUUCAAUAUGACAUGUAUUUUUAUGACAUAUAUAUAUAUAUAUUAAAAACUUAUUUAUUAUAAAACUUACUUAUAUACUAUAAAUUAAUAAUAGGAAAUUCGUUUUAACCACAUAUACUUACUACUAAUAUUUUACUUUACCUAGUCGAAAGAUUAUAUUGUGUUUCUGCGAAUUGGCUAUCUACUUUUAACCAAGCAAUAACACUAUUGAUGUUAGGUAUUCGUGAGUAAUAUGUACAAUAAUUAUAAGUAUACUUUUAGCUUUGUGCUCCUAACGAAGAUGUUUUGCUAAGCUUUGUAUAUUGUAAGUCAUCUUUUUCCUUGAUUAAUAAAGCAAAAUGAAUUAAUAUGUGUAUCGUGAAAUAUCGUUGACUUGAAUAAGUAGUUGGCGGUGUGCCGAGUUGCGUUAGUUAAUUUGCGUUGCCUAGCAACAAUAAUGACCUCGUAUCCCAACUGCCUUUACGACAUUCUUUUAUUAGACGUGCCAACGUUAAUGAGUCGUCCCAACGAGUUUAAAUUGUAUGAAUUACUCUCAAUCUCGAUUCGAUAUGAUAAAUUAAAGUGUACCGAAAUAUACUUACUGAUCGUCGCUUAUUAAAUGGUAUGAAUACUAAAAGAUCUGUGAUCUUUGUCAAAUGAAAACAAUAAAUUGUUGAAAUUAUA